AGGGAGGGAGAGAGAGGAGGGGGUGGGGGUGGUGUUGCAGCCACAUAGAUGUGGAUGGUGCAGCGGGGUUGCGCCAUCCUCGAAUUGCUCCAACGAUGUAACGACAGGAAGGAGGGCAGAAAAAACCCGUGGACUCUGACCAAUAAGACGGAUAGACGGGAGUUUUACCCUCUGCACGUCCGAUGUCGUCAUUGGGAAACCACUAUCUGCCUCGUAUCGCAUCCCUGACAAAAAUGGAUAAGCACAGGUUGGAGGUCCGGACUGAUCCGGCAACAUCAACAUUAAAGCAACUUGAUGGAGAAAACUAGAGGAGCCCCUUUAAGAUGACACGCACAGACCCGCCUGACAUACUGGUAUCAACUGUGCAUCGAGAUAUAAAAGUGAUUCCCAUUUCUUCUCACUACAAGUCCUUGCAACCCUCCAAACAAUGUGAUUCUAUAAAUUACAGCACACUGGAGGACAGUAAGAGCAAAAUCAAUAAGAGGCACUGCCGUACCUUUGACUAUAAGUCAUUGGAGUACCCAAAAUCACACAAAUACUCAAUGGAGUCCCCAUAUAGGAAGGCUGAUAGGAAUGCAGCCAACCCUGAUGUUGCCUGGAAUGCUUUGGGCCGCCAGCAGAGAUACCGUUUUUCUGCUCCGGACAUUUUCAGCCACAGGUUAACUCCUCAGCCAAUGGUUGCUGAUAUGGCCAGCGAAUUGGUUGUCCCUGAACAAAAAAGAAGGACCAGGUCAAAAAGUGCCCCUCGGGUCCAGACCAGUCUCACCCCUGUGUCUUUUGAAGGGUCCUCAUCUUCAGGGAGGAAGGGGAGGGAAUCCCAAAGGGCUCCAAGAGACUCACGCUGGAGACCAGAAGUAUCACCGCGUAGGGAGUCAUCCUAUGCAGCAACUAGGGCUCAUAUGCAUGAAGUACACCCCAUUAAGUUGCAGCCUCAAAUAAGUGACAGCAGUAGAUAUUCACCUCACUUUGCUGCUGAUAUGGAGGAUGGAGGGCUAGAUAAACCAGUAACUAGUCCUCAUGUCAGGUGUCGGGUGGACAUCAAACCUGACGAUGCCGCAUUACAUCAUUCAGGACGGAAACAGACUACACCUCAAGUUGACAUACCCUGGCAGAGGCACCACAGUGGGGGGAGUAGGAGUCUGACUGUACCACGCCAUUUCUCCUACUCCAGAACACCAACUCCCACUGACUCAUUAGGUACAGAAAGUAGGCAAACUUAUCAAUAUUCCCGCAGCAUGCCAAAUAGUUAUUUACAACCCAUGGAAAUUCCCUUGCAAAGAAUGCCUUCAUCAGGUGAUUACUAUGGAAGGGAACGAAGAGCUCAUUCCAGUCCUAAUGUGCCAACCAAGUUCUUUUAUGCAGAUGACCCAGGGAGAUAUGUUACUACUGCUCCUCCUCAACCAAGUACUUAUUUUCAUGAUGAACGUUACACACCAGGACAAACAUAUACUCCAAAAGUGCAAUAUGUGCAAGAUCCAAGGACUCGAAUGGUGCAUGCUGUAGCUACAAGACCUUAUUAUCCUGAGAUGGAGUCCUAUCCAUACUCUGUGCAGACAGGAUAUCCCAAACCUUAUACAGCAAAUGAACCAGGGCCAUACAUCAUACAGACACCUCCAACUAGAAUAUUUUAUGGGGAUGAUCCAAGGUCUUAUCAAAUCCAGACUGCACCACCAAGAUUUUAUUAUUCCAGUGACAUGUAUGCAAUGCCACCUGAGCACCAUAUCCCUGCAAGGGCAUAUUACACUGAAGGCCGAAGACAUGCACGAGUUAUUCAGGCACAAACAGAUGACUGGUAUGGCUCAGAUGCAUCUGGUUAUUCCACCAAUCCUGCCUCUUAUGUAUCUCAAGUCACUCCAACCAGAGUCCGGCAAGAGCCUGUGUUAACACCCUGGUAUGCCAACCCAUGUAUAGAACCUCAAAGAAUUGGCACAGACUCCAAAUCUUACUCAAGAUCCUGGGACAAUAUUCUCAACUCUCGUGUAGAGAGGGAACAACCUCUUCCUGUACAGCGGGGUCAGAGCUACGAUGAUCUUCUUGACUCCAGGAAGCCUGCAGCAGCCACAGGUGACAAACCACAGCCAGUUGUAGUCAAUCUCUCCAGUUCACCAAGACGUUAUGCAGCCUUAUCAAUGUCUGAUAACUCACUAAUUGACAAAAGCCCAACAGAGAUGUCAAAGAGUUCUACUAGUAAACUCUGGUUUGUCACUCCUGAAAUAACAAUCACUGAUAAUGACAUUCGACCAGGAAACCUUAAUAAGGCUGAGGGACGUUCUGCCAGUUGGGACAUUCUUGACUCCAGAAGCACUGAGGGUCCAGAACUGUCUCAGCAUGACUUUGAAAGCUCAACCAAAGAGAAGACACACGACAACGCCUCACUACAGCAAAGCCUAGAACAACUUGAUGAGCUUCUCGCAGAUCUUGUGACUGAUUACAAGCCACCCAGUAGAAGGGCAAGUGAGGACAUUCUGGAUCAGCUAAAGAAGUUAAUUGAUGAGGAAGAGGCAGUAUCUCUGUCCAGAAAGAGCUCAAAGGCAGGUGCAGAGGAACCAGCUCCUCUUGACAAGCAGCCAACCUCAAUAAGAAUGAAUCCUGAUGCUUUUCGAGAUAUGGACGGGGCCAGUGAUGCAAUGAAAAGUGCAGAUGAGUGUUCCCCAGAUCAGAGCCCAGAUGAGGAUGAUACAAUGAUGUGCUCUAACAACAAGUGUCGGAGGACAGAGACCCUGUUCAAUGCUUGCCUAUAUUUUAAAUCCUGCCACAGUUGCUACACCUACUACUGCUCUCGAAACUGUCGCAGGGAGGACUGGGACAUUCAUAAAGAAAGCUGUCUGUAUGGAAGAAUUGGCAGCACAUGUCGCCACAUCAUCAAACACUGCCGGGAGACUGUGGAAGUCCACAAAGCCUUCUCCCGCAUUGCCAAAGUUGGCUACCUUUCUCGAGGUAGAGGAGUUCUCUUCCUUGGUUUUCCAAACCCUGCAUCAUCCAGUAAUUUCCUGCAGUAUGGCCUGGAAAGUCUGCUUAUGUCACCUACGUACCUGUCCCUCCGAGAGCUCGAAAGCUUCAAGGACAACUUAGGGGAGUACUGUAAGGAGCUACAGGAAGCUGGUAAAGAGUAUGACCCAAAUGAAUGUUUCAUCUUGAAUGUGUCGAUUGCGGUCGGUGAGCAAUUGCCUGAAGGGCCAUCACCAAGGAACCAAGCUCCAACGGUCAGAAAAUAUGCAAAGGUUGCUCUGGCUUCAUUUAGCCCUGAGAGAAAGGUUCACAAGAAAGAGAGUGACAUGGAAACACUGAUCCUUACUCCACCCCCAGGGACAGCAGACAUCGACAAAGAGGGAGAGGAAGGUAGAAAGGCCAGGGAAAUAUGUUUUAUCAAUAUACAACGAGAGUUAAGGAUUCGAGGGGUUUUCCUACGCCACGAAUACCCACAGGUGUACCAGCAGCUCUGUGAAUUUGUGGAAAAUAAUAGAAGGUUCACACCCACAACUAUUUAUCCCAUCGAUAAGAGGACUGGUAAACAGUUUAUGUGCAUGAUUAUGGCUGCCUCUGAGCCCAGGACAUUGGAUUGGGUAGGCACCCCACAUCUCCUUGAUGACAUUAUUUAAGUGCACCUUUUGUUGUAAAUAUAUAUGUAUAGAAAUACAUAUAUAUUGUUACACAUAUUUAUAUAUCAAUCCAAUUACAAACAUUUGUAGAUAAGUAUUUUGUUAUCAAAAUGAUAUAUAUUCAUGUCUGCUUGGUCAGUAUUAUUCUUUAUCAGAAUAUUUCUUGUCAGGUGCAGAAUGAGUACAGUACAUUAUUUAUUUUAGUCUUUUUAAAACUACAUACUUUUCAUUCACCACAACUCAUUUAUCUGUAUCCUGGUCAUGUACUGUUACAACACACUCCCUUUGGCAGGGAUUACCUAAGAUGGCAUUCAGAUUUUUUUCAAAUUAUCAACAAACUACUGUUCUUUGUACCUUAACCUCUUCAAAUGACUCAAUUUCUGUAAGUGUGUACAACAUGACUAUUUUUCAUAUACAUUGUUUAAUUGUAUAGCAUUCAGAAAAUAUUAACAUUAUUUUCUUAGCUACGUAAAUACUUUCUAUGCAAAAUUGCUUCAUGAGUUAGUACCACAUUCCCGUCCAAGGAGUUGUUUCUGUUAUUAUAUUAUAUUAUAUUAUAUUAUAUUAUAUUAUAUUAUAUUAUAUUAUAUUAUACACAUCUGUAAAGAAAGUUUUUGUCAAAAUUGAGAUAAAAAUGUUGAAACUUUUGGUGGCAAUGUAAAUCCUCAUCAUAAGAAAAUAAGGAAAAUGAGAGAGUUGUGCUACUUGAAACAUCUAUAAAAACAGGCACAACAUCUUAUAGUUGCUUGGGUAGGAGUACUGAGCCUACUGCUUACUUUGGAGAAAAGCUAAUUUCAGCAAUUUUGUAUUUCUGAAGAAGUGCUGGGCUUGAAAGCAACCUCUACAAUGGAUACUGAAAUGGUGCCAGUUACCAGCCACACAGUAGGUGUUGGCCUGUACUGUUCAGUUUUAAACACUGUGAAUAGUCAGAGUUAUCUACUACAAAAACAAAACUUGGUAAAAUACCAAAAAAAUCAUGCAAUUUCCUAUAACACUGAAGGUGAUGAGUUGUAUUUUUAGCUAUAUUCAAAAAUAAAAAUGAAUUAUGAAUUAGCAGCAGGAGUUAUUGUCCUUAGAACAAGGUGAGCCAGAUUUGGCACAGUAGCUAUAUGGUACAUAAAUGCUUGAAGACAACCUUAGUUGUGUAUAUGUGCUGCAUUAGGUUUAUAACGUGUGAUUUAUAUUGUCCUCUUUGGUUUUAUAGCAAAUCAGAACCAUUACUCAUUGGUUGCAGAUAUUUUAGAAACAUUUAUCAAUGCAACUUAGCCAUGUUGCCUCAUUCAUUUUUAAGAUAAAGCACAUGUCAUAUUUUGUUUUAUCCUAAAUCAUAUUUUGUAGCAUCCUAAAUCCCAAAUUUCCUGCCAGUAUACUGAUAAUGAUUUGAAACUUACAGUUGAGUUUUAGAAAAUGAACAGUCUAGCUAGAACAUUGUGUGUUUGAAAUGGUAAUAUUCAAACUAUUUAAAACUGACCCCAUUUGACAAAUGAAUAAGCUGUUCUCUCAUAGUCAUUAAUCAUUCUUCCCCAUUUAAACUUUUCUCCUUGUGAAUCAGCUUUCCUUAGAGUUUUCAAGACAAAGUAAAUGAAACUUGAAGCACAUAUAUAUUUGAAAAUCUGUUGUUUGGCUGACAGGAUGUGCUGUACAGAUUCAGUGAAAUGUUGCUGGCUGCAUGUGACUCUGUUUUCUAUGCUCUGAUCUAAUUUAACAUGACACUGAUGAUAGUGACUUGCUCGAUGAAUGGACUUGUGAAGAUAAAAACUACUCUGCUGUGUAAGAAAUAAAGUAUUAAUUUUCCAUUUUUGUCAGUUGUUCAAAUUAAAAUAAUGUGUCAAAGGCAAUGAAGAAGAGACUUCACAAAAAUCUUGAGAAAAUCCUGUAAUCUUGUAUUUUUUAUACUUUAAACAUAUGUGUGUGUGUCUAUUUAUAAACCAUAUCUAAUAAAUGGAAUGGGAACUCUG